UACCCCCUGGGGCACCCCAACUCAGUCUCAUGGCUGCGCUGGGCAUCCUAGCUGAAGGUUUCAGUCCCAUCUGUGCCUUUAAUAAUGUCCUGUGGAAAUUCAUGGACCAUCAGAUCAUCUAAGUCCACAGCAGGUGAAGGGAAAAAGCCAGCAAGGUGGUGUGUGCAUUGGUAUGGUCUUUUGGGGAGGGUCAACUUGGUGUUGGCAGGGAGGUAGCUAAAUCUAAGAUCUAUUUUUGUGAAAUCGCAGCAUGCUGCUCCUCUGCUUGUAGGCACAGAUGUGUUUUGGGGUGGCUUGGGUGCAGAGUCCAUGUAAGGAGCCUGUUCAGGAAGUUUUGGGAGGUGGUUAAUAAAGUCUGCAACCUUUGUGCAUUGAUGGAAAUUAUCCAGCCUGGAGGGAAAGCGCCUGUCUCCAGUGGCUGUCUGGCAGGUUGCGUGCAUUGUAUCGGUUGUCUCCGUCCAGUUCUUGGUGGAAAGUGGAUGCCUAGCCAUAAAACAGUCCUUGUCUCUUAAUGCUCCCAUUUUAUCUGGCCCCAAAAAAUCUUUCCUUUGCUGUCAGCUCUGCAGGGAGACUGCAGAGGCCGGGGUGGAAACUCAGAGUGCUGCCAGCAGCGCUGCCUGUACUUCUCCCAUGUUUAUGGAGCUCUGUUGACCAGUUUGUAGCUGCUGGGAGAAAAUGUCACCUCCUUGUAGUAAUUCCCAUCAUUGAAAAUACUUCUUAGCCUUCAAGGCUGUAAGGUCUGCAGUGCUGUGGGGACAUGUGGGACCGGAGGGAGCAGACACAUGGGAUCUGAGGCUGGGAAUGGCCUGGGAGCCCUUCUCACCAGCUCAUUCCUUGCUCAGCGCUGUCCUCUGCGGAGCAAGCACCAGGAACUGUACAAAUUGCAGAGUGAGGGUAUUGCUGCCUGGAUCCCUAUGGUCUGUGAGCAAGGGCUGAUGCUGGGCAGGGCGUGGGGACACAACCCUUCCCACUGCGGGAAGGGGGUGAGUUAAAUGUAGGGCGUCUCUGAAAUGGGUGGUUGAAGGAGAAGGCAUCAUCCCUCUGAUAAAGUUGUUCUCCAGGGAAGCAAACUGUUACCAGGCUGGCACUGAGUUUCAGUUGCUUCACUCUUGCAUUUGUGAACAUUUUAAAAAUUUUUAACAAGUUUCUUCUUGUUCCAGGAAAAAAAGCGCAGGAUGGCACGAACUCAGAGGCUGAUCUCAAACUCACUUUUAUUUGAGCUGCUGUUCUCUUGUUGCCUGUUUUGCUGCCAGUCACGUCACUGAUGGAGUAGCUAAGCCUCUGGACUUGUGAGAGAGCCUGCCUAGAGCUGGCAAGGAGGGCAGUGCUUCUCCUUGCUCUCCUUACUAAUCCCCAGCACCCAAAACAAGCUCCCGUAGCCCUGAAGCUCUGUGGAGGUGGUGUGCGUUGCUCUGCAUGCUGUGCUCUGACCAUGGCAGCAGUACGGCAGGGCUGUCUGUCCUCCAUCGUUGAGAUGCUGGAAAGUGCCUUUUAUGGCUUAGACCUUCUGAAGCUGCACUCGGUCACAACCAAGCUGGUGGGUCGGGUGGAAAAGCUCGAGGAGGGCAUGUCCAGGAACUUCACGCAGGAAGGCUACCGGGCAGGAGCCAACGUGGCGGAGGGUCCGCAGGAUGCCCACCGCAGGGACAGGGAGAACUGCUCCAGCCUCAUCACCAACAGCCUUGCCGACAUUGAGAGCUCGCUGCAGCGGGACGCCGAGGCUGCCUACACGCACGCAGAGGGCAAAUAUGAAGAAAGAUUCCUGAAAGAUGAAACCAUCUCCCAGCAGAUCAACUCUGUCGAGUCCCUCUCAGAGCUGCAUCUCUCUCCGGAGGACGAGAAGCCCAAGCAGCUCUUGCAGAGGAAGCUGCACGUGAGGAGCCGGCCUCCUUCCAAGCCCACCAUCGUCCGAGGGGUCACCUACUACAAAGCCCAGUCCACCGAGUCGGAGAAUGACAUUGAGGAGCAGCCGGACGAGCUCUUCAGCGGGGACAACACCGUGGACCUGCUGAUCGAGGACCAGCUCCUGAGGCCGAGCAGCAGGGCGGGCGAGGGCGUGAGGAAGCCCUCCCCGGUGGGAUGGCCGCCCACCCCUGACAGCGAACCCACCACCCCGCCGGCUGCCGACACUGCUGCGACGGCCACGGUGCCCCUGUCCCCUGCCACGUCCCCGGGGCCCACGCUGGGCCCCACCACUGUGAGCCAGCUGACCCCCAUCCCAGAGACCACGACUGCCCCAGUGGGGCUGGUGGAGGAGGGGACCCCGCAGCUACUGGCAGCCUUGGCCAGCACGGUGGUGGCCACAGUCACGAAGAGCUCGCCCACAGCUGCCACCACUGUCCCCAGCCCUGCUGUGGCCACCACCGCUGGGACCUCAAAGGACGUGGGGACAAGCCCUGUCCCAGAGAGCAUCCCAGAAGCCUGGGCACAGGUGAGCACCCCAGCGACGCCAGUCAGCCCCACAAUCCCCGCCACCCCGAAGCAGGCCCUGGAGGAGGAGGACAUCAGGAACAUCAUCGGGCGCUGCAAGGACACGUUGUCCACCAUCUCGGGGCCCACCACCCAGAACACCUACGGGCGCAACGAGGGGGCCUGGAUGAAGGACCCCCUGGCGCGGGAGGAGCGGAUCUACGUCACCAACUACUACUACGGGAACACGCUGGUGGAGUUCAGGAACCUCGACAACUUCAAGCAAGGUCGCUGGAGCAACUCCUACAAGCUCCCCUACAGCUGGAUUGGGACGGGGCACGUUGUUUACAAUGGCUCCUUCUACUACAACCGGGCCUUCACACGCAACAUCAUCAAAUACGACCUGAAGCAGCGGUACGUGGCCGCCUGGGCUAUGCUGCACGACGUGGCCUAUGAGGAGUCCACCCCGUGGCGGUGGCGAGGCCACUCGGAUGUGGACUUCGCCGUGGAUGAGAACGGCCUGUGGGUCAUCUACCCGGCCAUCAGCUACGAGGGCUUCAAUCAAGAGGUGAUUGUGCUGAGCAAGCUGAACGCGGCCGACCUCAGCACCCAGAAGGAGACCACGUGGCGGACGGGGCUGCGGAAGAACUUCUACGGGAACUGCUUUGUCAUCUGUGGGGUCCUGUACGCGGUCGACAGCUACAACAAGAGGAACGCCAACAUCUCCUACGCCUUUGACACGCACACCAACACGCAGAUCAUCCCCCGGCUGCUCUUUGAGAACGAGUACGCCUACACCACGCAGAUAGACUAUAACCCCAAGGACCGCCUGCUCUACGCCUGGGACAAUGGGCACCAAGUCACCUACCACGUCAUCUUUGCCUACUGAGACCGCCCUGCCACAGUGGGACACUGCAAGCCAGAGGCCACCAGCACCUUUUAUUAUUAUUUUUAUUGUUAUUAUUGUUAUUUUGUACAAAUCAAAGAGUAAAUGAUGGGUUUUGUUUCAAGCUGUUUUUUUUUUUUUUUUUUUUCUUUUUUAUGGCGGAUUGUAGAUCAAUCCCCAGGCUGGAACCACCCCCUUCGUCUUUGCUGUAACCUUGCUUCUGAUUUUCCUUCCCUGGAGGAGGAUGAUCUCCUUUGGGAGGGCAGACCCAGCUCUCCUUCCCCGGGGAGGAGGAUGUGGCCCAGACGUGGUCUUCCUGGUGCGGUUUUUAACUGAAGCUGAUCAGCGGGAGCCCCAGCACCGGUGUGAAUGAAGCUGGCCUUUCUGCUGCAGGCACCAGGUCCCGGCGGGGUGCUGAAUGUCUGCCUGUCCCAGGGGAGGACGUGCACGUCCCAUGGGAAUGUCCCAUCUCUCGGGACCUUCUUCCCGGCCGCUGGCCAGCAGGCCCUUUGGAGAUCCUGCUGUAGAACGGGGCUGCGAGCGCCGCUCCGGCAGCCCCCGGUGCUGGCACUUACGCCGAGGACUGUCCCCUCUGGCCGGGGCUCUGCCCUUUGCAACCUGCUUUGGGGGGGCCAGGCACGCCUUAAGCCCUGACUCACGUCUGCACCCAGCUGGCGGCGGCGGGGGGGAUGCUGUAAAUAGGUGUAGAUGGCUUUUGUUUGUUCAUUUUUGUAACCCAAAAUAGUCCCCUUUUUGGCAUUUGCUGGGCGAAGGCUCUGCUCGGCCGGGUGCUGGGCUGCCUGGGUGGGGAGCUGCGGGGCUGGGGGAGCCCGGGAAGGGCUGGGGGAGCCCUUGCUCCCCGUUCCACUGCCGCUCCGUCUCCCGUGGGGUCUCAGCCCGUGUGCCCUCCCGUGGCCACGCUCGCCCCGGUCCCGGGUGUUGGCCCUCGGGAGCCCCCGCAGAGGCACAGCCCCUGCCCUUCUGCGCGGCAGCAUCUUGUAUUUACCUGCUGUCAACAAUAAAAGAUCAAGUACCUUUGCA